UGUGAAAAGAAGAAGAGCGAGCGAACCCCAAAAUUGAAAAGCGAAAUCUGGAGGACCUUUUCUUCUCUUCGCAGCUUCUACACUUACGAGCUCUGGUGCGAAGCUGAUAGCGAAGGAGUAAGGUUGGCAAGUUAAACAUGUCGUCUACUCUGCUAGAGGUGACCCGUUCCUCACACGAGGAGGUGGAGCGACUCGAGCGGCUUAUAGUGAAGGAGCUCCAAAAUGAACCUGCUUCCGGCAAGGACCGUUUGCUACAGAGUCACCGAGUCCGCAAUAUGAUCGACACCAUCAUGUCCACCACCGAAAAACUUAUUGAGAUUUAUGAAGAUAAGGAUAGCGCCAGGAAAGAUGAGAUUGCGGCACUUGGAGGGCAAACUACUUCGGGAACCAACGUUUUUAGUGCAUUUUAUGAUAGAUUGAAAGAGAUUCGUGAAUACCAUAGAAGGCAUCCAGCUGCACGUGUUGUCGAUGUUAGCGAGGAUGAUGGCUUACUGAAAGAGGAACCACAAAUUGAGUUCAGCGGAGAGGAAGCAUUUGGACGGUAUCUUGACUUGCACGAACUGUACAACCAAUAUAUUAAUUCAAAAUUUGGAGAGGCCAUCGAGUACUCUUCAUACCUGGAUAUUUUUUCGCAGCCCCAGAAAAUCUCUCAGAAACUAAAAUUUUCAAGACAAUACAGGGAGUACUUGGAGAAUCUUCUUGCUUAUCUCAUUUAUUUUUUUCAGCGUACAGAGCCCUUGCAAGAUCUUGAUCGGAUAUUCUCAAAGGUUGAAUCUGAAUUUGAAGAGCGAUGGGCUAUUGGUACAAUUGAAGGAUGGGAGAACACUAGUCAAGAUAAUGGCCAUGAUUCUGCUCAGCAUAGUCUUAUUGAUCUUGACUAUUAUAGCUCAGUGGAAGAGCUGGUAGAACUGGGUCCUGAAAGGUUAAAGGAGGGAUUGGCAGCAUUAGGACUGAAGACUGGUGGUACAGUUCAGCAGCGUGCAGAGAGGCUUUUCCUGACUAAGCAUACUCCUCUUCAAUUGCUGGACAAAAAACAUUUCGCGAAACUGUCUCGGCAACCUAUUCAGAAUUGGAUGGCUGUGGCUUCACAAAACAAUGAAAAUUUGAAACAAGUCGCCCUGAUGGAAGCAAAAAUUGAAAAAUUGUGCGAUCUUCUGGAUGAGACGAUUGCUCGGACGAAAGACAACAUUGUUAAGAAGCAGGCCUUAACGUAUGAGGAAAUUGAAGCAGAACGUGAGGAGGAAGAGACCCAAGCUGAGUCUGAAAGUGAUGAUGAAGAACAACAGAUCUAUAACCCACUCAAGCUCCCAAUGGGUUGGGAUGGGAAACCCAUACCUUACUGGCUCUACAAGCUUCAUGGCCUUGGUCAGGAAUUUAAAUGUGAGAUAUGCGGGAACUAUAGUUACUGGGGUCGUAGAGCUUUUGAACGACAUUUCAAGGAAUGGCGUCAUCAGCAUGGAAUGCGUUGCCUUGGUAUUCCAAAUACCAAGAACUUCAAUGAAAUCACAUCAAUUGAGGAGGCAAAAGACUUGUGGAAAAGAAUACAAGAACGACAAGGAGUUAACAAGUGGCGACCAGAUCUGGAAGAAGAAUACGAAGAUAAGGAGGGUAACAUUUACAACAAGAAGACAUAUACAGAUCUGCAACGCCAGGGAUUGAUAUGAGAAUCACAUUUAUUAUGGAAAUCUUUCUCUUGUAAGUUCCAUCUAAAUUUCUGUCUAAUGAGAUAUGGAAGAAAAUCCUUCUUUUGUUCUAUUCUGAGAUAGUGAAUGAGAUUUUCUAAAUCUCUCUUUCAGGUUCCCAUUAUGGUUAAUCUUUGAAGUUUCGGAGGAAUUGUUUUAUCAAGUUAAGAAUAGAGAUUAUGGAAAGCACAAGGAAAUGUAAUGCUUUUAUACAAGCUAAAAUUUUGAGAAAUCUUGUUCUAUUCUUGAGGUAGAAAUGAGUUGAUAUUAUGAUUGUGCUAUUUGAAGUAUGAGAAGAUGUCAAUCGUUCUGCUAUCACCAUCCUCAAUGCAGUUGCUAAUUCGAGCUGUUCUCACCUGUGGCUGUACUAUAUGACACUCCCAAAAUAUGAGGAUGCUUGGAUUUAAUUGACAGUAAAAGAAAGAAUUUUACUGGUUCCUUUUUGGACAAA